AUGCAUCACAGCCGUGAGGUCGCCAGCAGGCGUACAAUAGAAGCAGAAGAUCAAAUUCACCCGCAAACAGCGCUGAAAAUUCUUCAGCAACAGCUGGAAUCCUUUAAGACUCUUCGGCAACAGAUUCUGGAGAAUGUUAACAUGGUACAGUCUGAAAUCAGUGAGAUACUAAAUAAAAAUAUAAUUGAAAGGAAAACUCCACUGUGUAGCUCAGACGAGACACUGAUGAUUAGCACACCAAAUGAUGUGUAUCUGCCUGCAGAAAAUCCUGAAUCACCAUUUUCUAUGAAAAACGUUCAUCAUGAUCAACGACCCUGUACUGAUGAGCGUGUGGAAGCAAAUUCCAAUACUGGAAAUACAGUCAGUGAUAUAAAAUUUUCACAUAGUAUUUCACUGAAAACCAUAGCAACUGGAAAGGUAGAAAAUUCUGAAGAUCUAAUCGGAAACACAACAAUACUUGCACUAAAAAAUGAAUAUAAAUGCCAUUUGCUCCCUGGUGCUGAACUGGAGACAGAACAUUUGAAUGCUGCCCAUGGAAAGGUAAUCUUGAAUGAAUCUAAACUUUCCAUACUUUCUCCCAAAUACGGCAAAGAAUCUUAUGUAGCAGACAACAUUAACUAUCUUAACAAGUCAUUGAAACAAGAAUUUCACAAGUCAGUCAAAAGUGGCCUACAUUUUGAUCCAGAAUUUUAUGAAGACCCUAAAUGUGUCAACACAUGGGGUUCUUCUAUAACAGUAUGCAAUGAACAAGCAGAAUCUGAAAGCAAAAAUGGACAUAAAGAGAUUAGAAGCAAUUACAGUGAAGGUGACAGAUUCCAGGUUAAUUUUCUUUCCAAAAUGGUGAAAGAUGACUUAAUAAUGCUUGAUCAUAAAGAGCAUGUAGAAAAAGAAGAACAACUGAAUAUUUUAAAUCAAAAACUAAUGAGGCUUGGAAGUCAGAAAUUCAGUGAAAGCAAAGUAGCCUGUGAAUAUGAAGGGAAAACUGAAGCGUUGCAGAAGUCCCUGAAAAAUUCGGAACAUUUGCAAAACAGAGUACAUGAUCUUGAGAAUGAAAAUUUAAUUCUCAAGAACAAAGUGAAACCUCUUAAUGUUACCAUACAGUCUUUGAAAGGAAAAAUAUCAAAAUAUGAUAAGCAAAUUCAGGAUUUAGCUGAAGAAAAGAAAAGGAUGCAAAGCCAGUUAGCUAAAUCAGAAGACGACAGCAAGGAACGUAUUAAGGAAGUAAAGAAGUUGUUAAGAAAAUGUAAAGAACUCCAGAAUCAGAAAAAAAUCCUUGAGGAAGAGAGGAAUCAACUCUACAAUGGAAGCCAACAUACAAUGCAGGCACUGCAUGAUUUUCCAAUUAAGAACCAGAAAGUAGAGGAAGAGAUGACUGUUGUUACCUGUGAAAAAGAAAGGCUCAAGGCAAUGCUAGAGUCCUUGCAAGAGAAAUGUUCCAUGUUACAGGAAGCAAACAAAAAACUUGAAGUGGACACCUCCCAUCUUAUGAAAGAAAAGAAUUCCCUAGAGGGAGAGCUUGAAAGAAAUCAGAGCGAAAUACAGCAAAUGAAAGAAAAAGAAACUGCAACAAAAUCUGAACUGGAGACCCUUCUUCAGUUAAUGCAGACACUGGAAGACAAAAAACUUAACCUUGAAAUGACCCUGCAGGAAUGUUCUAAUACUAAACAGAUGCUGCAGAAGGACUUUGAGAAAGUCCAGUCAGAUAAAGCUCGUACAGAAAACAAACUGAUGACUCAACUCAGAAAUGCAAAAGCAGAUAUUGAUCUUUUAAAAUCUAAUUUGACCAAUGCGGACAGAGAAUGUGAGAGGUUAUCAACGGCAAUAACUAAUGUCACAGAGGAAAAUCAGUUACUUAAGAAAGAGCUUCAGGAAUACAGACAAGGAGCUUCCAAAUACGAAAGUGACAUUAGGAAACUGACUGAGGAACGCCUGCUAUUAGAAAAUCAUCUGCGGACUGUUGAAAAUGAGAGAGAUGUAUUACAGUUUGAAUUCCGCCAUCUGCAUAAGGAUUAUGCUUAUCUCCGGGGCCGAGCUACGGCUCUAGUCCGUGGGCAGAGGAAGCCUGGUUACAGUUCUGGCAUCAAGCAAGAUUACUGUUGCUCGGAAUAUUCCACUGAAAUUUGCAAAGAAACUUCUGAUCCAAAAUAUACAGCUUUGGAAUGCCAUUCACAAGAUACGUGGCUGAAUUCCACAGAUUCACAAGAGGAGAUCCUUACACAACAGAAGUGGGCUACAGAAAUUUAACUGUGACAGUUUACAGCAGAUGGAAUUGUGUCCCUAAGGUUUCAGACUCAGAAAAGAGCCUUAUAACCCUCUAGCUGAACAUUUUAAUACACCCCACAAACAUUUCACUAGUAACUUCUGCAAGAAGUCCUAACUUGAAUUCAGCUUCUGUUUACCUUUGUUUUAGAUGACACAUAACGCUGGCCUAUGUUUAAUCAACACAAGGUAUAUUUCUUCUCUAACAGGCUGGACAGGUUUUUUUGUUUUGUUUUGUUUUCCCCAAAUUAAGCUCCAUACAUUUUAAUCAAUUUCCAGUAUUCCAAUUUUGUUAGGGAGUGAAAAGAUUACUGAAAUACAAAAGAAACUAGAAGAGGAAGAGUUACGAGAAGAGAAGAGGCAGAGGGAUGUAAAGAAAAACUACAGUGCAGACUUCAUCAGCUGUACUACAUCUGCGAUCAGAAAGGCAGAGCUCAGAAUAGCAGUCAGGAGGAAGUACAGCACAUUUCAAUCUGCGUAGGAAUGCCGACUCUAGAAAGUUCACCAGGGAACAACGCUGGCAUGUUUUCCUGAUACGCUACAUAAAGGUAACACUAAAGUACCUGGGGUCACCACAAGCAUCAUUAUCUAGUACAUGGUGUAAACAAGGAAGGAAGGAACUCUAUCUUAGGUUUUGGAUAGAGAAAACAUCACAAAUAUUAUAUAAAUUAAUAUUUAAAAUAUUGCUGGGUCCCGUUAUCUCAGAGUAAGGGGAUUUAUGCCUGAAUAAGUACUGGAAGACCUGGCCUUUUAUUAAGCACACAAACAAACAAAAAAAGGAUUUUCACUGAUUCCAGGGAUUGUGAAAUCCAGUAUGGGGUUUCUUUAACAACUAUUACUCCAAGAAUACUCUACAGUGGUGAGAUAAAUCCUUAAUAAAAGUGAAUACAGAAAUGUUGCCUUCCUGUAAUAACUUGGACACGUAGAUGCUGAGUAUUUUUGAAUGUUUUUAAUAAAUUAGCUCUGAUUCAUAAGAAGAAAUUUCUUGGACCUCAUACAAAGCCUGACAAAAAUAACUACGAUGUAGGUAAGGUGUAUGUUUGGGGUUGCAGUUCCAUCUAGAAAGAAGCUAUUUUGAAAGAGAGUUGAGAUUGUUAGGCUCCUUCCAUGUACACAAAGUGAAGUUUAGCUGCUGUUGGGGAAUAUGGCAGCACUUACAGUUGUCAGGAGGACUGCUAAAUAGAUGCUGGUAAAUAGAGAUUACUCCCAUCAUAAAGGACUGCUUGUGGUCAGAUUUUGAACAGUGCUUGGUAGUGGUCAUUUUGAAAAGCUCAUCAUAACUAAAAGAUAUUUCUUAAGACAGUUAUUACACAAACAUAGAUGCAAUAGGGUUGAGACAAACAUCAAGUUUUAUUUCUUCCAAAGGGAAGGAGUGACUUUAGUUUCACUAUGGGCAACAUGUAACUUAUUUGGUUAAUAUAUAUAUUGAUGCUCACUUUAAUAGAUGUGCUCUUUCCUCCACUGAAAUAUGUAGUAACUUUAAAAACUAAAUUACACAUUAUAAGGUUUUGUAAAAAUAUAUUUCAGAAACCCUGUUAAGCUAUAAGAUGCAAAAAUAGCUUAACUUAUAUAAAAAUAUAACCUUGGACUUAAUACAUAAUUUUAAAUUAUUUAUUUUAGAUUUAGAUCUACAAACAAAAGACUAUUCUCAAAAAUUAAACAGACUGAAUUGCCCUAGAUGCCUGAAUUUCACUUUUCCAAUUUUUUUUUUUAUUUGUUUCAAAUGCUGACUAGCAAUCAUAUUAAGAGUUUACAGAGUCUAAAAAGUGUAGCCUUUAUUUCACUGUUUGUACCUAGUUUGAUGUCAGGCGUACAGUCUUGUAAUUCAUUACAUUUAAUGAUCUGAAAAAUAAACGAAGAGAAACUUUUGUUAGAUUUGUGUAGAAUAUCCUUGUACAAAAAACUGUUUGUAAAAAAUGAAAAACAAGCCUACCCCUAGUCCUAUAAUUAGAUUUAAUGGCUUGAAUCCUUGAGAAGGCCCAUUGAUUUCAAUAGAGCUCUGCAUGAGAGCAAGAAUCCACACUGGCAAACCUAAUUGUAGCAUUAAGGUCUGAAUAUCAGAAGAUAUUCAACUUUCUAUUGGAAAGAACAUAUAGAAUUGUAAUUCAGGAGGAAGCAGAUGUUUUGAAAAAGUAUUUCCCACCACAUUUCUUAAACUCUAGGAGCUGAGUUUCACACCCAUAAUAAAUGCAGUUCACAAUUCUCAUUCCAUUAAAUUUAAGAAAAUAAAGCAAAAAAAUACAUUCUUGGAAACUGUGAGGAGGAAAAUAGUAGUGGAGAAUUUUAAAUACUAGUUUUAAUUUCUCUCUGUGGAAAUUCAGUUGGAUUUGUGAAUUUGUUCUGCCUUUACAAAUAUUUUAAAUGAGCCCGUAAGUAUUGUAUCUGCAAGCACAUAGUGAUUCUUCAGUCACCUGCCUUUCAAUUUUAAGACCUACUUCACAUACAAGCUUUUUUUUUUUUCCCCCUCCAAAAAAAGUAUUUAAUUUGGAAACAUGAUCAUUUAAUCAGUUGGUAAAAUAAUAAUUUGAACAAUUACACUGAUAAAGGCUACUCAAUCAGUAUACCAUUAUUUUUUCCUUUUAAUAGCUUAAAAGGACUAGUGUGUGCAUGGAAGGUUUUACCGUCUUGCAUCAGUGAUGCUAGUUACCAAUGGUUUUGCUGUACCUAUCUUCUUAUUUUCAGUUAGUAAUAAAAGGCAAUGUGGAGUGAUAUGUAGCUUCUGUUUUGGCCUUUUCGGUGUAAAUAAAAACUUCAAACUGUC